AUCAAAAAUAUCGAACUCUUUUUUUAUCUCUUUUUUUUGUCUUCCAUUUCAAUUUUUAGAUCCUAAUCUAAUUUUAACAUUUUCUGACGGCUUUUUAAAUUUUAGAUCUCUCUCUCCCAAAAUAAAAUCGAAAGAAAAAAUCCCACAAAAAAUGGCGAACAAAGAUGGUAGCAACAACGACGCCGGAGAGGAAUCGAGCCCUCUUUUGAGCAAACAAGUUGUUGAGGAAGAUGAGAAGAAGAAACUAGAUGGUAAAACGUCAAGGGAGACGACCCCCGAGGUGGCAGCUUCGCCGGAAGUUUGUACCGGGACUGGGUUUGGGUGGACCGCCGAUGGGCUUCCGUUGGACCAGGGGGGUGUUGUCGGAGAACCCAUGGGUCGGUCCCAGUGGGAUUCCUCCCUCCUUGCUUGUCUUGGUCGUAACGAUGAGUUUUGCAGCAGCGACAUUGAAGUUUGUCUACUUGGAAGCAUGGCACCUUGUGUGCUGUAUGGAAGCAAUGUUGAAAGGCUUGGAUCUGCUCCCGGUACCUUUGCAAGUCACUGCGUGCCUUACGCUGUUCUUUACCUGAUUGGAAAUUCCUAUUUCGGCUGGAAUACUUUGGCACCAUCGUUUUCAUUCCCUAGCCGGGUUGCCAUUCGGCGGAAGUUUAAUCUGGAGGGCACCUGUGAGGCAAUUAAUAGGUCAUGUGGAUGCUGUGGCAGCUGCAUGGAAGAUGACGUGCAACGUGAACGGUGUGAGACAGUCUGUGACUUUGCGACACAUUUUUUCUGUCAUGCAUGUGCUCUUUGCCAGGAAGGCCGCGAGCUUCGUCGAAGGUUGCCUCAUCCGGGGUUCAAUGCUCAGCCUGUCUUGGUCAUGAUCCCCCCUGAGGAGCAGACCAUGGGCCGUGGGGCCUAAGUGCAUGCUGCCCAUGUCUUGCCUUCUAAUGAAAGAAAUUCUAGUAGCUGGCUUGUCCCUAGUUUUAUCAAUGUGAUGUCAUGUUGCUAAAAUAAUGUUAAAAAGUUCUACCUAUAUCGCCUAAACAACCAUCAGAGAUCGAUUGCUUGGCUUGGUCGGACCAAAUCAUUGAGGAUUACAAUGGUUUCCCCCUAUUGUUUUUGUAUAAUGUAUUACAUGUUACACUUUAUGUUUUAUCAAAAGAAGUUGGUUGGAUUGUCUCCUUUCGACAUCCAUUUAACUAUAUGAUUUCUUGUUUAAAG